AAAAAGCAGAAAAAUAAUAAUAAAUAAAUUAGCAAAAAUGCUAAAUGUAGGACUAGAAAUGAUGAAUGCAGUUUUGGCCGAAAAUUGCAUAUAAGGGUAGUAUAGUACUUUCGCCUCUCCAGGGGUAUGUCAAAGGAUGAUUUUGGUUUGGGUUUAUCCCUAGUUUAUUUGGUAGCUAGGGGUAUGUAAAAUAAGCCCUAUAUGUUAUCCUUGUCUAUAAUUGAUAUAUCAUUAAUUAGUGUUAAUUUUAAUAUCACUACUAGAAAAUCACUCUUUAAUGACGCCUUAAUGACACCUUAAUAUGACACGGUAUAAAAAUUGUCUCAAUAAGUAUUCUAUUAUGACGCCUUAAACUAAAAGUAUCGGUGAUUUCCGCAUUUCUAUUUUUAUCCUUUUUUUGUAAAUUAGAAAAAAUAUAUUUUAUGACGCUUUUAAAUAAAUUGUCACAAUAUAGCGUGACUAUUGACACGCAUUAAUAAAGCGUGUUAAUAUCGUUUUACUUACCGACACAAAAAGGGUAGAAACAAAAAUAUAAGACCUAAUAAAAUAUUUCAAUAAAUUACACGUUUCCCUCUCUCAAUUUUAGCGGCAGCAAAUCACGUCUCAUUUUAUUCAUAUAAAAAUCUUUAUAUUCCUUUCUCCUCUCUUUUUUUCCCCAACUAAGAGUAGAAAUAUUGGGAAUUCUCGUAACCUACACUACUCACCCAGAAGAAGAAGAAUUGAAGAACAACUUUUGCUUAUAAGUUCUAUUAGGUGUGAAUACUGCAAUUUAUGGUGAAUUGCCGACAUACCCAAUCAAGCAAAAAACACCCGAAUACAAUUUCUCAGUCGUAAAUCCUUCGAGUAUGGACAAAAAAUGGAUGGAUUUUCCAAGGUCAAGCACAAAAUACCAUAUAGGGCUGAAAUAUUUUCUCGACUUUUCCUUCUCAAAUUCUACCGAUGGGACGAUCUUGUGCCCUUGCAAAAAAUGUAAAAACGCCAUUUGCAAAACAAGGGAUGUAGUGGUAGAACAUCUUCUUUGAUGGUUUUUUAAGUGGAUAUACUAAAUGGCUACUUCACGGAGAGACUAUCACUGAUAAAGCACAAAUACCACAAGAUUACGUUGACAUGGAUGCAUCUGAUAACAUGCAAGAAAUGCUACAUGAUAGAUUUGGGGUGCAUGAUGAAGAUGAUGAUUUGGAAAGAGAGCCACAAGUAGAACAAGCAGAAAGACCUUGUAAAGAAGCUGAGAAAUUUUAUAAGCUUAUGGAAGAUGCAGAAAAAGAGCUCUAUCCAGGAUGUCAAAAGUUUUCUAAACUUUCUUUCAUUGUUCGAUUGCUUCAUAUCAAGUGUCUCGGUAAUUGGAGUGACACUUCUUUUACCUUGAUUCUUAAUUUAUUAAGAGAGUCAUUUCCAGAAGGUGUCCAAUUGCCUAUAAACUACUAUGAAACUAGAAAGAUAUUGAAAGAGUUGGGCCUGAAUUACAAAAAGAUUGAUGCAUGCAUGAACAAUUGCAUGCUAUAUUGGGGUAUUAAUGAGAGUAAGACCAGGUGCGAGACUUGUGACGAGCCACGAUGGAUAAUACCAGACCGUAUUCAAGACGAAAAUGGUGUUCCUUCAAAAACCUCUAAAAAAGAUAAAAAAGUUUCGGCAAAAAUCAUUUGGCACUUUCCGUUGAAACCAAGAUUACAGAGACUGUUUAUGAAUUCUAAAACUGCUUCGCUUAUGAAGUGGCACGAAGAAAAGCGGACCAAAGAUGGAUUCAUGAGACACCCGGCAGAUUCUCCUGCUUGGCAUACUUUUGACUACCAUCAUCCGGACUUUGCCAAAGACCCGCGCAAUGUAAGAUUAGGUUUGGCAACCGAUGGUUUUAAUCCUUUUAAAACCAUGAAUGUCGCUCACAGUACAUGGCCAAUAAUCUUAAUGCCGUACAACUUGCCACCUGGACAUUGUAUGAAAAAAUCGUACUUUAUGUUGUCUGUACUUAUUCCCGGACCCACAGAACCUGGAAAUAAUCUUGAUGUAUACCUGCAACCAUUAAUUGCUGAGUUAAAGGAAUUGUUUGAUGUUGGAGUAAACACUUAUGAUGCUUCAUCAAAAGAAAAUUUCCAAAUGCGUGCAGCAAUAUUAUGGACUAUUAGUGAUUUUCCGGGACUUGCAGCUGUAUCUGGGUGGAGUACGAAAGGAGAGUAUGCAUGUCCAGUAUGUUACAAGUUUACCAACUCCAAAUGGUUGUAUAACUCUCAUAAAUAUUGUUACAUGUGCCAUCGUAUUUUUUUACCAGCACAUCAUCCAUAUCGAAACGAUAGAGGGUCAUUUGAUGGCACACAAGAGCAUUGAAAUGCACCUCCUUAUUUGAAGGGAUCUACAGUAUUAGAUGAUGUAAAGGAUAUUCAAAACAAGUUUAGGAGAAACACCGGUGAUCAAAAUUUACCUUACGGUUGGAAGAGAAAAAGCAUUCUAUUUGAUUUGCCGUAUUGGGAAAAAAAUUUGGUGCGCCAUAAUCUUGAUGUUAUGCAUAUAGAGAAAAAUGUGUGUGAUAAAGUUUUAUACACAUUAAUGAAUUCUGACAAAUCAAGGGAUAAUUAUAAGG